AUUGUUAAUCUAGCAUUCAAUUAUAGUGAGGUUAUAGGGAAUUUAAUCCAUAAUUUCGAAUUAAUUAGCAUUUUGGAGCUGGCAAAAUCACAAUCAGAAGAAUGCAAAGAAGAAUACGUGGAGCGCAACACGAGGGUGGUGAGGGAGUUAUACCAGGCCCUAACCUCAAAACAAACCCAGACGCUGGAUGGGCUUGUGGCCCGAGACUUGGAGUGGUGGUUCCACGGCCCAGCAUCCCAUCGACAGCACUUGGUUCCCUGGCUCACGGGCUCAUCACCCUCCUCAAAGGCACCGGUUCCUGAAAAUGUUGUUGGGUUUGGGCCUGUGGUAGUCGCAGAAGGGUUCGAUGAGGCCCAUUUGCUGUGGUGGGUCCACGCGUGGACUGUCACCGUCGAUGGGGUCAUAACCCAGGUGAAAGAAUACGUCAACACUUCUGUCACCGUGACUCGCUUAUCACAGGUGCUUCCAAAUGCCUCCACGUGUCAAUGCAUUUGGCAAAGUCAGCUCUGUGAUGAAUCUGUGCCUGGGCUUAUUCUAGCAAUCUAGCGCACACCAUUCUUAAAAUCACUUUUUUAAAGCCUUUAACAUUGUAGUGUUAUUAUGCUUUGUUCAAAAAAUUAUUAAAGCAUGAUUUAAACGGAAAUAACUACC